CGUCUCCCCGCCGCGCCGCCCGACUUGGUUCAGCCCGGGGCAGGCGCUCGGCAAAAGCCCUGUCCCCCUCCGGGAGCCUCUGUUCGGACCCUCCUUUCUCCUUCCCUCCCUCCGUCCCUCCCAGCGCCGCUGCGCACUGCCGGGCUCCGAACGGGCCCUGACGGCCGGGCAGCGGCGGCUGCUCCGCCACGGUUCCCGCAGCCCGUGCCCGGGGCGCGCACACGAGGCUGGCUCGGCCGUUGGGGGCGCGCCGCGGCGGCGGGAGGGGGGUUGCUGUGGGCGAGCCGCCGCUGCCGCGGUGAGAUGGCAUCAUCCUGCGCGGCGGCCGAGGGGUGAGGAGGAGGAGGAGGAAGGCGAAGGAGGUGGGGGGAGGAGGAGAAGGAGGCGGCAGCUGCGAGGCUGCGAGCCACGAUAUCCAGAGGAGCAGGCCCCACAUGGGCAGAACUUUGUCAUGAGGUUGUUUCAGAAAGUGUCUUGUGGGCUGCCUUGGGCAUGAGGACUGGGAGACCAGAGGCUAAAGCCUAAGCCUCUGACAUGGCCACAGCCUCACCAAGAUCUGAUACAAGUAACAACCAUAAUGGCAGGUUACAGAUGCAAGUAACAGUUUCUAGUGCCAAACUGAAAAGGAAAAAGAAUUGGUUUGGAACAACUUUCUACACGGAAUUAACUGCAGAUGGAGAAAUCAAGAAAACAGCAAAAUCAAGUAGCUCUUCAAAUCCAAAGUGGGAUGAACAGCUGACAGUGAAUGUGACUCCACAGACUACGCUGGAAUUUAGAGUGUGGAGCCAUCACACUUUAAAAGCAGAUGCUUUAUUAGGAAGAGCCACUGUAGACUUGAGACAAGCUUUGGAAAUACACAAUAGAAAAUUGGAGAAGGUGAAAGAACAGUUGAAACUAUCUUUGGAAAACAAGAGUGGCAUGGUGCAAACAGGUGAACUGACAGUUGUGCUAGAUGGUUUGGUUGUUGAACAAGAAUCUCUUACAAAUAUCAGUUCACCAGCAACCAUAGAAGUCCAGCAAAAUGGUGAAGCUGUGCAUGAAAACAGAGAUGUUUCAGCAAGAAGUACAAUAAGAUCUGCUUGUGAUAUUUCUAAUGGUUUAGACAAUCAAGUACCUUCAAACUCUGUAGUACAGAGUGCAUUCUGCACAGAAGCUAUUAAUGGAGACAGCUCACCAUCUCCUACUCACAUUGCAGCCAGACCCAAAAAUACACCAGUACCAAAACCACUUGCAGCUCAGCCCGUCAACAGCACUGUUAAUGGUGAGUCAUCUGCCUCUGCACCAGAAGCUGGUAAUUCUUCUGUCUCCGAGGCAGUGGUAGGUUCAGCAGAAGCUCCCAUGUCUACAGAUUGCACUAACACUACAGUAGAACCUCAGUCAACAGCAGAAGCAGCUAGUUGUUCCGAAAGCCACGCUAAUACGUUACCUGUUGUGUCUGCUGGACUAGAAGAUACUGCUACAACAGACUGUGCUCAACCUAAUGCCAGAAACAGUACAGCAGCAGAUGCAGCAAAACCAAGGGAAUCCUCCUCAACCUCAAGUGCAUCCGGAGAGCCUGUAAGACAGCAGCCUGGUAAUGUCAGUACAGAACCUUUGCCACCAGGAUGGGAGCAAAGAAAGGAUCCUCAUGGUAGAACCUAUUAUGUUGAUCACAACACACGAACUACAACAUGGGAAAGACCACAGCCCUUACCUCCUGGCUGGGAAAGAAGAGUUGAUGAUCGCGGAAGAGUUUACUAUGUGGACCAUAACACCAGAACAACAACAUGGCAGCGACCAACAAUGGAAUCAGUCAGGAACUUUGAGCAAUGGCAAUCUCAGCGUAAUCAACUGCAGGGAGCUAUGCAACAAUUUAACCAACGAUACCUCUAUUCGGCUUCAAUGUUAUCAGCAGAAAAUGAUCCACUUGGGCCUUUGCCACCAGGCUGGGAAAGGAGAGUGGAUUCAAAUGAUAGGGUGUAUUUUGUAAAUCAUAACACAAAGACAACACAAUGGGAAGACCCUCGAACUCAAGGUUUACAAAAUGAGGACCCGCUUCCAGAGGGCUGGGAAAUCAGAUAUACUAGAGAAGGUGUGCGAUACUUUGUUGAUCACAAUACUAGAACCACCACCUUCAAUGAUCCUCGUACUGGGAAAUCAUCUGUAAAUAAAGGGCCACAGAUUGCUUACGAGCGUAGCUUUAGGUGGAAACUUGCUCAUUUCCGUUACUUGUGUCAGUCCAAUGCACUGCCAAGCCAUGUGAAAAUCAAUGUAUCCAGACAGACUUUGUUUGAGGAUUCCUUCCAGCAAAUUAUGGCAUUAAAACCCUAUGAUUUGAGAAGGAGAUUAUAUGUUAUAUUCAGAGGAGAAGAAGGACUGGAUUAUGGUGGCUUGGCAAGAGAAUGGUUUUUCUUGCUUUCCCAUGAAGUACUGAACCCUAUGUACUGCCUAUUUGAAUAUGCUGGCAAGAGCAACUAUUGCCUGCAGAUAAAUCCAGCAUCAACAAUCAAUCCUGACCAUCUUUCAUAUUUCUGUUUCAUUGGACGCUUUAUUGCCAUGGCAUUGUUUCAUGGGAAAUUUAUUGACACUGGUUUUUCUCUGCCUUUCUACAAACGAAUGCUAAGCAAGAAACUUACUAUUAAGGAUCUAGAAUCUAUUGAUACUGAAUUUUACAACUCCCUGAUUUGGAUAAGGGAUAAUAACAUUGAAGAGUGUAACUUGGAAAUGUAUUUCUGUGUGGAUAUGGAGCUCUUAGGAAAAGUAACCUCACAUGAGCUGAAAUCAGGAGGUUCAAAUAUCUUGGUAACUGAAGAGAACAAAGAAGAAUAUAUUGGGCUAAUGGCUGAGUGGCGGUUUUCUCGGGGAGUUAGAGAACAAACCAAAGCUUUUCUUGAUGGUUUUAAUGAAGUUGUUCCUCUACAGUGGCUACAUUACUUUGAUGAAAAGGAGCUGGAGGUUAUGCUCUGUGGUAUGCAAGAGGUUGAUUUAGCAGACUGGCAAAGGAACACUGUUUAUCGUCAUUAUACAAGGAACAGCAAACAGAUCAUAUGGUUCUGGCAGUUUGUAAAAGAGACAGACAAUGAGGUUCGCAUGAGACUUCUGCAGUUUGUCACUGGCACUUGUCGAUUACCUCUGGGUGGAUUUGCUGAACUAAUGGGAAGUAAUGGUCCUCAGAAAUUCUGCAUUGAAAAAGUUGGUAAGGAAACCUGGUUACCAAGAAGUCACACUUGUUUCAAUCGUUUGGAUUUGCCACCCUAUAAAAGCUAUGAACAACUGAAAGAGAAGCUGCUCUUUGCCAUUGAAGAAACAGAGGGAUUUGGUCAAGAGUAGAAGUGGCUUCUAGUCUAAAAGGAGAUCCUACAUAUUAAAAGGCCCAACCAACUAAAAUUGCACACUUAAUUGUAUAUAAGCUUUUUGUUCUGUACAGUGAUCUUUCUGGAACUCUAAAAGUAUAAUUGUUCUCCGUUCUUCCACAAAGAUAUGCAAAACAGUUCAGCCUUUUCUACUUUUAUUUAUUGCCCUUCCAAAAGACCAGAAAAAUCCCUCAUAAAUUUUGAAAGCAGACAAGAGACUUAUUUAAAAUAUAUAUUAAAAAUAUAAAUAUAUAUACUAAUAAGCUCUAGUUUUAUAGAGCUUUAAGUGUAUGAAAAGUUGCAGCCAUUUAAAAGGGCCUGGAUUUGCUUUAUCUUGGCUUUAUUAUUUAGAAAAAUGUUUAAACUGCUCUGUGUUCUCUCUUAAGAAACAUCUCCAAGUUUGUUUUAUUGCAUGGCUGUUCUAAAAGGUGUUAAAGGCUUAGGCCAAACGUAUCCUAAAUAUGUAGAAAGAUGCUGCUGGUAUUUGAGAUGACAGAAUACAAUGUUCUGUCAGUUUAAUUUUUUAAAAUACGUAAAUAGCUGAUAUAUCCCUCUCUACUACACUGAUGUAGCCAAGGUCAUGAAUAAAGCCUUUAUUACUUGCACAGGAGUCAUGUACAAUAAGUUGAAUGUGAUUUACUGUUGAAAGGAAUUGGUGCCACUGUUCUGACUUAUCGUAGGAGCUGAACAGAAUAUUUUAAUUCAUUUGAGCAGCAUUGAAAUUUGUUUACAUAUUACCUUGGGUUAUUACCACGAGGAUGUUAGGUAAUCUUCAAAGAAAAAAUUAAUAAUAAAAGAGAAACUAUUACACAUUCUCUCCUUGGUCUGGUGUCUUACAGGUGUGUGUUUUUUUUUUUUGUUUUUUUUUUACUUUUCAAUCUGUAUCCUUUUCACAACUUCAUAGAGUAUAUUAAUGUAAACUGAGAUGUAAGGGUCUACAAAAGGUAGUGUGAAUUUUGCUGCUUUCUAUGCUCAUGUUCAGUUUCAGUUACUGGAUCUAGUAAACCCAAAUAAACUAAAGUUAUAUAAGCUUUGCACAGAUAAAAGUAUUUUAAAGUAUUAAAUACUCUUAUUCCUCUUAAAUUCCUGUAGAAAUUCAGUUGUACCUGAAUUAAGUAUGUCUAAAACCUGUCAUUCUUUUAUGUAGACCAAGUUUCUCCUAAGUACACAGUAAUAAAAAGUGAUUUUUUUUGGUGUUGAGGGCAUUUGCUGAACUGCAAAGAUAUUUAAAAAAAGUUACCAUACUUUAUUCAUGUGAAUUAUAUUAAAUGCUACUUUUUAGCAAACUGUGCUUCCUUAUUAUAGAGUAAAAAUGUUUAAAAUUACCAUUUGUAUUAUGCUUUAAUAUUAACUGUAAAUUCCAUUACAUUUAACUUAUACAGAAUUUUGUACACACAUGAAAAUGAUUUCUUAGACUAUGAUUAAAAACAUUUCUGUAACAUAUCAUAUUGCACUGUUAAAAGUGUACAUGCAGAAAAAAAAUAGUUAUAUCUGUUCUUAUAUCUUUCCAAUACAGCAACUGAAUUCUGCCAAAAUUUUAUUUUUCUACAUAUCGGAUUCUCCUGAGGCUUUGUAUCCAAAUGCACAGUUUGCUGUGGAGCUGUUACCUGUACGGAACCUUGAUAGCAGCGGUACUGCAACUGGCCCAACAUACUGCUAGCUUGCAUUAACUUCCCAAAAGAGGUUCAACAACUGCCAUUUGAAGGUUUUUCAUACUACACCAAAUAUCUUCUGCAAAGCCAUUUUCAUAAAUACAUCAUUAAUUUCAAGUGUAAAUCCACCUAAAUUAUGGUUUAUGCUGGUUAGAAUGGAGGAAGCUUUAAAAAAAAAAAAGUCAAAGGCAGGGCAACAGAAGUGUGUGUGGCUUGCCUAAAAGACAGUUAUGAGGGCUAAAUGUCGUACAGUUGAACUUUAUGAAUUUGCACUAAUGAAUGACUUGGUAACCCACUACCAACUGCUGAACUUUGUGAAUCUGUGAGUAAGCGAAUAAUAAUAAAAAGACAGCACAUCA